AAUAAGUAUCUCUCCAGUGUAAAACCGGCCCAGCCAUCCAGCGACGGAGUCAACGAUCGUUCAUUUUCCGUUCUCGCACUUUUGAAAUGCUUAAACACUGACCAGAAGAAUUGGUAGAUAUUACGCGUAAAAAUGAGUGAAAUAGUGCGAUACACGCAGGAAAACGAUCAACCCCAAGAUCUCCAGCACCGUUGCCAACCAUUUGUACUAGAAUGGAUUUUUGGGUUUAACCCGCGAAUUUCGCUGAUCAAUCUCACCACAAAGAAAAACGCCAAGGAAAUGGUGAUGGCUUCGGCGAACGCGAUUAUUUUCUAUAAAUUCGAGAACCAGAUCGAGACUACGUUCACAAUAGUUGGUCAUCGAACCAAUAUAAACAUGCUUGCAUCUGAUGGCACCGGUCGUUUCGUGGCCUCCUCUGACAGCAUACACUGCAUAAAUGUUUGGGAUAGAGAUGCAAGCCCUGGUGCCUCACCCGUGGCAAUCCGUACAAUCUACGAGCCUUUCAAAUCAAAUCAGAUGGAUGCAGUAGGAUUAAGCCACGAUGGAAGAUACUUGAUCGCAGCUUGCAGUGGGUCACAGCAUCAACUUAAAAUAUGGCAGUGGACAGUAGGCAAUGAAACUACCGAUGAUUCAAUUGAACUCCCAACUCGGUUUGGAAAAACCAAAAAUAUUCGUUUCUGUCCGGAUCUAGACAAGCGACACUAUUUUGUGAUCACAUUGGAAAACGCUAUAAUUUUUGGCACCUUCGAUGCGAAAAAUCAAAAGCUAGGGAUCGAAAUCCCGAAGAAACACGGUUUCCAGGAUUAUAACGACUCCGUUUUUGUGGACGACACUCCGAGAGCGGUUUCGGUAACCGGAGCGGGAAUGGCAAUUGUUUGGAACGAUGACGAUAAAAUUGAUGGCCCAGUCAAGAAGCAGUUUCUCAAGUACCUUCAUCUGAAAUAUGCUUCGAUAAAUGUGAUUCGUUCAUGCGAUCAGAAGUUGAUCACCGGUGAUGAUGAUGGUGAGGUUCGAUUCUACGACAACCAGAUGCGAAUUUUGUACUGGUUUAAACAGGAGGAUCCGGAACCAGUCAGAACAAUUUCGUUCAAUAUUGCUCCUCGGAGAUGCAGAAUAAAAUACGCAUCCUUCGAUGCUGCCCAGGGGAAAUAUGACGAGAACAAUGAACCAGAUCACGAGGAUAACGAUGAGGAAUUUCUUAACAUUGAAUCUGUACCGAGAGAUGUAUCACUCGAGGGAAAUCCAGUAAUAAUAAGAAAUUUCAUCAUGGCUACCAAAUCAGGACGCAUUUAUGACGUGGACAUCGUACAAAAUAAAAUCCAGGAUGUGUAUUAUCAGUCCGGGAGUAUUAUCACUGCUUUCGACGUGAACCCAAAACAAGCUCAACUGUGCUGCUGUGAUGGAAAUGGGAGACUCACCAUCUAUGACCUAGAAGAAAAGCAUGCCGUGAUGAGUAUUACCGUACCGAUUCAAAGAACACACCGUGGACGAAUCACAGCUCUUACCUAUUCAUCCUGUGGGACAUUUCUCGUUGGAGGCGCCGAAAAUGGUUAUAUAUGGGUGAUCAAUCCUGCAACGAUGAUCAUAAGCGAGGAAAGUCCGCUGCAGUAUACGGAUGAGAAAAUUCAUCUCAUUCUUUUCUCCCCCGAUUCAAAAUUCAUUGUGUUCACCGAUGAUGAAUGCUCCGUAGGUUUAUUAGUACGAGAAAAUGAUAGUUGGAAGCUAAUAGGAAAAUGUAUGUCUCAAAAAGUUAGAGAUGUAAUAUUUCUCUCGACAUCAAAAUUUCUCACCAUAACAGAUGAUAGACACAUAGUUACAUACAUCAUUGAUAAAGGAGAUAUUUCAUCCAUGGCAAGCCUUGUAGUUGGCGAAAGAUUCAGGGUUGAACAAUCUGCUCAUACCACGGCGCUUCUGCAGCUUCCCGGGAAUUGUUUGCUGGUGGCCAAUGAUCAGUUCAAAUUCAAAAUGUUUGAUCUGGAAACUUUUCAGAUUAAGCACACCUUUUCUGCACCCUUCCACGACGGACCGAUCCGGCAGCUUCAUCUUUUGCCCGGAGAUCACUUUAUGACAUUUAUGACUGAUAACCAUGUCUAUGUUCAUCUGCUACCAAUCGAUGGAAAUCCAUUCAAAUAUUUGGGAAUGUUCGCACAUCCAAAGAAGCUCAAAGCUCUACGAAACAUGAAGGAUCACUUCGUAUUUUGUUGCGGCGAAGGUGAUCAUGGUGUUAGCAUGUGGCGAAUUAAUACAAUACCAUUGAUCGAGAAUCAAAAACAUUGUGGAUCGGGGUUGGAUCCAUACUGCUCGUUGCUGCCAGGUGGUAAAAGCGGGUGUUAUGUCAAAGAGAUGCUUAGCCUUUUCUUCUACAACCAGAUAUCGCCAAAAAACAACGAAGCGUAUACGGAGAUAACGAUAAGAGAUGCAAUGGAUGCAAGAGACGUACCCAACUAUAUGCGAAGUAUUGGUUUCCAUAUGACUCAGUUUGAGGAAGACAACUUGGUUAGAGAAAUCGAUCAGCUUGAAGCUUCAUACCUGACGUUUGAAGAAGUCGUGAAACUGUUCCUGAACCACAAAACCCCCAUCAGUCCCAGCUGUGAGGAAAUUCGCUCGGCAUUAACCUACAUCACCGGCGGUAUCUACGAAACCGUUGAUUUGAAGACUUUCAACGAAAUGCUCUCUACCCUCGGAGAGAAGAUAGAUUCCAAAACGUUGAGUUUCUACUGCAGUGCUUUGUUCCCCGAGUACACUAACGCCGAUCCGGACGAGAAUGGAACGCUCCAGGUUCCUUUGGAAGAGUUCGUGGAGAAAUUAUGCUAAUAGAAAGAUGACAAAGUAUUGUUUGAAUAACUCUUUAUUAUAAAAACUUCUGUAUCCGAUCGAGGGUUUACAAUCUUCCGUUAUAGGAAAUAAUCACUUAUGAAAAAUAUAGUUUUUGGAACAUUUCUUUCCUUACAAGCUAAAAUAAUGAAAGCGGAAAGACUAACGCGCAGAUGAAGCGAUUCUUCUCCGGCCGUGCUGGAAAACAAAAUCUGCUUCUAUGGCAUUGGCGAAGGAAUAGCUUUGUGCAGGUGUGCUGGCGAAUUCCCACACAAACGGACCGCAUAACAACCCCCGAACUAUUCCCUGUCUAUGGGGUGCGAAAAUGGAAGAAAACUUAAUGAACCUAUGUACAAGCUACAGAACCUGUCGGAAAAUAAGAAUCGUACGUAUACAUAUAAUGCUAAAAAAAUUAUUUUGGUCAAUAACAGAUCGCUUUUCAUCUUCUGGGGGUUUGGGAGGAGGGGACUUGGUUCGACUUAGGCUUAGGCUUAGAGUUGCUCUUACAGUAUAAAAUCACAAAUUUUCUCCGUUUUAUUCGAUUUAGAUGGAUCUCCGUCCUUGUUAAAUUCUUGUUUUUGUUUACUUCCCUUCGCUGGAAAAUGCGUCUCGCUUCUACUUUUCUUUCUUCUUUGUCUGGAAUUCUGACUUAUAAAUAAAAAUAUGAUCAGCUCUUUUCAUCUGCUCUACGCGAUUCGAUGGAUGUAUCACAACAUCUUUUUGUUUCUGAGUUUCCUUCUCCGUCUACCGCAAAUGUAGUGUGUGUGUAUGUAACAGUGAUAAUCUUUUCAAAAGGCACGUUUUUCAUCAACGAGUAGUCACAGCAAGGUUUUUUUCGUUCAACUUUUUUUAAAAUAUUUUUUUUUUCGUAUCGCUCAACAAAUCGAACACUUACAAUUUACGUUAUAUUUAGUUCAACGUUCUCAAAAAUGUAACAUUCGUAACAUUGGUAAUUCUAAUAGCAGUGACAAUUCCAAAAAUGUAGGAAAAAAUGAAGCGGUAUCAAAAAUUUAGAAAACAAAGCUUGUCGAAAAUGUAAAAAAAGACUUAAUUUAAGGGCGUUCCGAAAAAAAAAGCGUUUUGGAAAAAAGCGAAAAAAAAUAA